AUGGCUUCUUCUACUGCCGCUGCUGCGAAAAGCGCCUACCGUCAAGUCCUCCGGUCUACCCGGGUGGUCUUCCACAGUACGAAUGAUAUCCCAGUCCUACUCGCUGCUCGUCAAGAGGCUCGUCAAAACUUUGAAAAGAACCGCCGUCCUGCCGUCGACACCGGCAUGCAAAUCAACCAUGCGAUCGAGGUUGCCAACAUCCUCCGCCAUAACAUCGUGCAGGGUUCCAGGGAGAAGGGAGACGAGGCUGCCAAGUGGGAACUCAACAUCCACGACCAAAUCGAACGUGGCGAUAACGACUCCAUCAAGGUUGGCGACAAGGACGUGAAGAUCCACAAGGCUUGCUCUUCCUGA